AUGGCUGGUUCUUCCCAGAGAUUCCGCCAUAGUCGCGUUCAAAAAGGAUGCGCCCCUUUCUCUCUAGGCCCCGCCCGUCAGCGUAUAUCUGUGCCACUUCAGCAGCCUUCCAAGUCAGCGUCGUGGCCCCGCAAGUCAGCCCCUAUGGGCCCCGCCCAUCAGCGUAUAUCUGUGCCACUUCAGCAGCCUUCCCACUCAGCGCCGUGGCCCCGCAAGUCAAAACCUCUGGGCCCCGCCCGUCAGCGUAUAUCUAUGCCACUUCAGCAGCCUUCCCAGUCAGCGUCGUGGCCUCGCAAGUCAGCCCCUGUGACGACCAUCUCCACGUACACAGAGGUCCAGCGCAGUGCUGGGCCCCACCCGUCAGCGUAUAUUUAUGCCACUUCAGCAGCCCAGUCAUCGCCGUGGCCCCGCAAGUCAGCACCUCUGGGCCCCGCCCGUCAGCGUAUAUCUGUGCCACUUCAGCAGCCUUCCCAGUCAGCGUCGUGGCCCCGCAAGUCAGCCCCUGUGACGACCAUCUCCACCUGGGCCCCGCCCGUCAGCGUAUAUCCGUGCCACUUCAGCAGCCUUCCCAGUCAGCGCCGUGGCCCCGCAACUGGGCCCCGCCCGUCAGCGUAUAUCUGUGCCACUUCAGCAGCCUUCCCAGUCAGUGUCGUGGCCCCGCAAUUCAGCCCCUGUGACUACCAUCUCCACGUAAACAGAGGUCCAGUGCACUGCUGGGCCCCGCCCGUCAGCGUAUAUAUGUGCCACUUCAGCAGCCUUCCCAGUCAGCGCCGUGGCCCCGCAAGUCAGCCCCUGUGA